UUUAUACCCUUGUAUAAAUAAUGAUAAGUUGGAUUAUAUUAUAUCUCUCAUUCAAAAGUUGUAUACAAAUUGUUGUUAAUAAAGGUUAAUACGAAAUGAUAAAAUAGAUUAAAAUUAUUAAAAAAAAAAAAUUGCAUAAAAAUGGAUGAAGUUGAAAUAAAAAAGGACUCGGCGUCCCUGAGAUUUGGGACAGCCAAAAAUAGAAAUGCGUUGAAAAACGUCGUCGUGGGGAGAGCUCGUCGAAGAAGAAGACGAUGAAGGUUUUCAACCUGAAGAAUUUCUUCAGCAGCCAUUUUCGUUCACCGAGAAGCUUGUUGAGCUACUACUCAACAUCCCCAAGAAGUUCCUGGAAAGAGCCAGUGCAAGUUCUGUACGGUAAGAUUUCCCCAAUCGGAAAUCCAAAGGUCUCCGUCGUUCCCAUUCUCGAUAAGUGGGUAGAGGAUGGCCCAUAUGUUGAAAGUACUGGUCUCCUCGAUAUCAUCAAGGAGCUCAGGUAUUACAGACGCUAUAACCACGCUCUUGAGAUAUCUAUGUGGAUGAAAGACAAAAGACGCUACCAGCUUACAUACGAUGAUGUUGCCAUUCGGUUGGACCUGAUUGCCAGAGUUCAUGGCAUACAGCAAGCUGAGAAUUAUUUUAACAUCAUUCCGACACAAUUAAAAUACCUCGAGGUUUACAACUCUCUCCUGAAUUGUUAUGCUCGUGCGGAACUAGUGGAGAAAGCAGAGGCCCUUAUGCAGCAGAUGAAGGAUAUGGGGUUAGCAACAUCGAUACUGACAUAUAACAUUUUGCUUCAUCUGUAUUAUAAAACAGGAGGUUAUGAAAAAUUGGAGAAUCUCUUGCAUGAGAUGGAAGAGAAGGGCAUUGGCCAUGAUGGAAGUACGUAUGCCACUCAGAUCAGUGCACAUGCAGCUAAUUCGGAUGUGGAGGGAAUUGAUGAGAUUCUGACGAGGAUGGAAACUGACCCAGAAGUUGUGGAUUGGUAUGCUUAUUCAGCUGCAGCAAACAGAUGUAUAAAAGCUGGGCUUGUGGAUAAAGCUUUGUCAAUGUUAAAGAAAUCAGAAGAACUGAUAUUAACUGCUACGAGAAAGUCUGCAGCCUUUGAAUACAUUCUCACACAAUACGCUACAAUAGGGAAGAAAGAUGAGGUAUUAAGAUUAUGGGAACUUUACAAUAAGCAUCAUAAAGUGUAUAAUCAGGGAUAUAUAAGCGUGAUAACCUCGCUUUUGAAGUUUGAUGACAUUGAAAGCGCUGAGAAAAUCUUUGAGGAGUGGGAAUCCAGGAAGUUAAGCUACGAUGUUCGCAUCCCAAAGUUCUUAAUUAGUGCUUGUUGCAGAAAAGGGCAUUUGGAAAAGGCCGAACGCCUUUUACGCCGGGUGAUGGAGAAGGGGGGAAAACCAGAUGCAAAGAUAUGGCGUUGUUUGGCAUCGGGGUAUUUUAAACAUAACCAAACGCAGAAGGCCAUUGAAGCUACAAAACAAGAAAUUUCUGUUGCCAUGUCAUCCUCCUUUUGGAGGCCGAGCAAGUCCCAUUUGGCUGCUUCUCUGGAUUACUUGAAAGGAAAAGGAGAUUUGGAGAGAGCAGAAGAAAUUAUUAGACUAUUAAGGGAUAAGGGUUUUGUAUCCGAGGAUAUUCAUGAGAGAUUGUUGGAUUAUAUUAAAGAUGGGGAAUCAAAGUCACCAUUGUCGCUAUUAGGAAUUUUAAAUAAUUCUAGGGAUGCAGAUGAAGAAAAUUCUCAUCACUCUGCAUAAUUCCAAAUAUUCUUUUUCUUUGUUUCUUUUUUUUGGUGGUACAUAAUUCCUCAUGUUCUUGAUAAGAUUGUUUCUGCUAUUAUGUGUCUUUUGGGUGGUAACAAUAUCUUGAAAAUCUGCUCUUGCCUUCA